AACCCUAACGGGCAGAUGGCCGCAGACGCAGCCGCAGCCGCGAGGGAGCGGGAGGGCGGAGAGUGGGAGUUCGAGGGUGGGAGACAAAGAGACCCUAGCGCCUUAUUCGAGGUCUCUCUUUCAUUCGCAUGCCCCUCGCUGUGCAGGCAGUGGUUUCGGUGCACCAUUCCGUCCUCGUCGCAGGGGCUCAUCGCAUUCGCAGCCAUGUCAUUCACCGCGCGCAGGAAGAUCCAGAAGGAAAAAGGGCAGGAGCCUGACGAAUUCGAGGAGUCGGUGGCACAGGCCCUCUUCGACCUCGAGUCCACUAACUCCGAGCUCAAGAGCGAGCUUCGUGAUCUCUUCAUCAACUCCGCCAAGGAGGUCGAUGUCUCCGGAAACCGCAAGGCCGUCGUUAUUCAUGUGCCUUACCGCCUUCGCAAGGCCUUCCAGAAGAUCCAUGCCCGCCUCGUCCGGGAGCUGGAGAAGAAGUUCAGUGGCAAGGAUGUUAUAGUUAUUGCCACCAGGCGCAUUCUGAGACCCCCCAAGAAGGGCUCAGCCGUGAACAGGCCAAGGAGCAGAACCUUGACCGCUGUCCACGAGGCCGUCCUCGAGGACUUGGUCUACCCUUCUGAGAUUGUGGGCAAGAGGGUACGCUAUCGUUUGGAUGGAUCUCGCAUCAUGCGUGUGUAUUUGGAUCCCAAGGAGCGCAACAGCACUGAGUACAAGCUGGAAACUUUUGCCGGGGUGUACAAGAAGUUGACAGGAAAGGAAGUUACUUUUGAGUAUCCUAUCCAGGAGGCUACCACUGCUUAAGUGAUUCAGAGAGCGAUGGAUGGAUUUAGAGCGGUCUCAAUCAGGGAUGUUAGUGUGUGCCACCAUCAAAAUUCCGUGAUUUUCUGAAUUGCAAUGUGAAGACUGUCCCACUUCAAUAUCAUCUGGUUUUCUCUGGACA